ACUCUUGAUGUUCCGUGACAGAAGAACAUCACGUAACUCUCAUCUUUGCCAGUUUCAGAAAAUAGGUUAUGUUAUGACAUUACUUUCUAGGUUAUACAACUUUUGCUUACUAGAGGCUAGCUGAAACAAAUAUGGGUCAGACAUCAGAAAUCACUGCUUUUCUGAAUAUCCACAAAGACCAGCUCAUUUCCUCCGGAGUUCCUCAACAGUAUUGGCAAACUUUAUAUCACAAAUUGGUGAACCAAACCUUUGACGCAGGGGAAACCUUUCAAAUACUCAAACUAGACUAUGAAAAACGCGAAGAACACGAGCCCCUGUUUGCCUUGCAAGCCACUAAGUCUAUAGAAAAGGCCGAUCCCCUCCACAUAUAUCUCAUAGACCAUGCUUGGACGUAUCGUGUGGACCAAGCCAAGCAGCAGCUCUUACAGCAUGACAGUCUUCGCCAACGCUUGUGUAACAUGUUCGAUAAGGAUAGCAGCUUGGCCAAGGAGGAAUUGGUGGAGGAACUGUUCGAUAGUUUGUGGAAGAUCAAUAAUUACUAUACCAUCAGCAGUGCUGAUAACGUAGAAGACAGAUUGCCGGUUUGGUACGUUAUGGAUGAAAUAGGUACUGCUGUAUUGCACAGUGAUCAACCUAACUGUAGAAUAGUUCCCUUCAUUUACAUAAACGACCAGAUAACUUACUCGGUUCUAUUCCCUGUAGAAGAUAUUGCAGAGGAAGAUAUAGUUUACAGAGACUUUGCCGAGGGUGUAGUUGACCAAGAUCGUCGCUCUGCCUUGUUGCUUCCUUGGGUUCCAAAAUCGUUUGAGGACAAAGAUGUAAUCCCAACAAUUCCGACUGAAGAAUAUUUCCUAGGUGGCCAUCUAAAAGAAAGUCUACCAGUCUUAUCGAAACUGCCGAGCAUGGAAGUUCCCCAUAAUGUCUUGAAAGUUUUCUCCCAGUAUAGUUUGGUCAACAAGCAUCUCACAAACAACAGGUUCAUCUUGGUUAAUGACGAGCAGGAGGCUGAUAUUUUGUGGUACACGGAACACUUCAAAGACUUCGAGCGCCUCAGUGAGACACCGGAGAAGUUUGUGAAUCAGUUUCCGUUUGAAUAUGUGAUAACCGUCAAAGAUCUCUUGUGCAUAACGUGUAGAAGAAAGGAGAGUUCAAGCCAGUGGCUACCUGUAACUUACAAUCUUCUUACUGAGGUCCCUAACUUCAUCAGCUGCUUUCAGCAACGUGAGAAGCUUGGUUUGGACAACGUCUGGAUAGUGAAGCCCUACAACCUAGCCAGGGGUUUAGACAUACACAUAACGAGCAAUUUGAAUUAUAUCUGUAGGCUUUUGGGGACAGGACCCAAGAUAGUGCAGAAGUACAUUACGAAACCCGUGUUGUUUUACAGGCCGGAGUGCGGCGGCAGAGUCAAAUUUGACAUCAGGUAUUUGCUGCUAGUGAAGAGCGUAAAACCUCUGGAAGCUUAUGUGUACAGGCAUUUUUUCUUGAGAUUUGCAAACCGGCCUUUCGAGCUCAACGAGUUUGACGUUUACGAAAAGCAUUUCACGGUGAUGAACUACACUGACAAUGCAGUUUUGAAACAUAUGAAAUGCGAAGACUUCAAAAUGGAGUGGACGGGUCAGUACCCCAAUCACGACUGGGAGGAUGUGGAAAAAUCAAUUAUUCAGAUGCUGAAGGAGAUUCUGGAAUGCGCUACGAUGGAGAAGCCCCCAUGUGGCAUUGCAGAAAGCCCCCAGUCCAGGGCUGUUUACGCUGCGGAUAUAAUGUUAGAGUGGGAUGCGGAUGGUAAUAUCCGUCCUAAGAUUUUAGAAAUAAAUUUCACUCCUGACUGCAAGAGGGCUUGCGACUAUUAUCCCGAUUUUUAUAAUGACAUAUUUAGGUUGCUGUUUUUGAAUGAGGAUUCAGGUGCUUUUUUUACAUUGUAAAAGCUGUGAUAAGUAAUUUGCCUUUGAUAUUGACUGGAUCAACUGAUUUUUGGAAAAUCAACUGCUUUUAAUGCUUUUUGAACUUUGUAAGCAAAUAAAUAUUUGACCAAUGAA